ACUUGGUUGGCCCGAAACUAAACAGAAUGGCGGCGCCCACCGGAGCGAACUGCUGCCCGUCGAGUUAAAGCCACAGCGGUCAUUACUCUUGUCUUCUGAGGCUGAAAACAAUCAUAUAGCAAAUAAUGGACACCGUAGGAGAGGACGAACCGGACCCUAUAAAGCUCAAGUCCAUCAAGAACAAUAAAACCUUCACAGUGCCUCAAAAUGAUAGGUUUGGGAGCUGCAGAAGUGUCAGAGAGUUUGAGAAACUCAACCGCAUAGGAGAAGGAACUUAUGGCAUUGUGUACCGAGCCCGGGACACCAAGUCAGAUGAGAUUGUCGCAUUGAAGAAGGUCCGGAUGGACAAAGAGAAAGAUGGGAUCCCCAUCAGUAGCCUCAGAGAGAUCACCCUGCUGCUGAGACUGAGACAUCCCAACAUAGUGGAGCUGAAAGAAGUGGUUGUUGGCAGCCAACUGGAGAGUCUGUUUCUGGUGAUGAGUUACUGUGAACAGGACUUGGCCAGUCUGCUGGAGAACAUGCAGACACCAUUCUCUGAGGCUCAGGUCAAGUGUAUUGUCCUUCAGUUGCUCAGAGGCUUGGAGUAUCUCCACCACAACUUCAUUAUACACAGGGACCUGAAGGUGUCUAAUCUGCUGAUGACGGACAAAGGCUGCGUUAAGAUCGCUGAUUUUGGGUUGGCCAGGAUGUACGGCAUCCCCCAGCAGCCCAUGACACCUCGAGUGGUCACACUGUGGUACAGAGCUCCAGAGCUCCUUCUAGGGACCAAGACCCAGACUACAGCUCUGGACAUGUGGGCUGUAGGCUGCAUCCUGGCCGAGCUGCUGGCUCACAAACCUCUGCUGCCCGGAACCUCUGAGAUCCAGCAGGUGGACCUGAUAGUCCAGCUGCUGGGAACACCCAACGAAAACAUCUGGCCGGGUUUCUCUCAGCUGCCACUCAUCGGUCAGUACAGUCUGAGGAAGCAGCCGUACAACAACCUGAAGAAUAAAUUCACCUGGCUGUCUGAUGCUGGACACAGGCUGCUCAACCUGCUCUUCAUGUACAACCCACAACGCAGAGCUACUGCCAAAGACUGUUUGGAGAGUUCGUACUUCAAAGAGAAACCUCUACCCUGCGAGCCAGAGCUGAUGCCAACUUUCCCCCACCAUCGUAACAAGCGGGCCGCUCCUCCGGCGGAGAGCCACUCGAAGCGGAGCAAAGUGUGAUGAAGAUGAAAAUGGCGUUGAGACAUUUAAGUCAGAGACGAGCCUGUGGCGGUGGCAUUCUCAGAAAUGUGCAUUGAAAGGAUGGAUGUUGGUUUCUGUUCACACGCGGUUUCUGUUUAACUCUGUGGCACAGAUUAAAACCUUGUUGAACUGUUGACACAGAACUCUGCAGCGUUCAGUAUAAUGUUGCAGAGAGCAUGUGGUACUUUGAAAAGGCUGUAACUGCACAUUAUACACAUAGAUGCAGUGGUUUGCAGGACUGUGUUGUGCUCAUAGGCUCAGUAGAAAUCUUGUUAGUAUUUGUUAUUAUUCAUAUUGCUGCCAAGGUGAAGGAAAUGAGGACGAAACUGCCUUGAUGAAUAUGCCAAGGCUGUGUCCAUUGUGUCGAGCAUGUCACAUUUUAGAUGUGCUAUUAUAACUGCUAUUCUGUGAUCCGUUUCAACCUAACAUGAAAACUGUGAAAAGGCAUGGCAAGUAGGAACUUGACCGACUUGCUUGAGCGCUGCACACGAACCUCUUAGGAGUUUUUUAAACCGCAUUAAAGAAAAUAAGAUUGAAGUAGAAGAAUCUUCCCUGAAAGAUUUUGUGGAAAAAUAGUAGUAUGUGUUGCUGACCAGCUGUGUGUCCUGUCCAAGUGUCCUUGAGGUAAAAUACUGAACCCAAGAAUCUACUCGCUUCCAGUUAGUUGUUAUAGUUCAACAUUUUGGGAAAUAGACUUUUUCACUUUAUCACUUGGUUUGUGGAGUACCGUUUUAAAGCCUCGAGUUUGGCAUUGUGGCUGUCACCAUGACAGUUUUUCAGAGGUAACAGCGGUGACGUACUUUGCUUAGUUUCAACUCGUAUGUAACACCAAACAAUGGCUGCUCAUAUAGAUAUAGAUAUAUCUAUCUCAAUCAAUCACAAGGUAGCCCCGCCCUAAAGCAUACCCUGCUUUAUCGUCUAUUUUACUCUAAAUGGGACCAUCAUUUACUGAAUGAUCAUCAUGCUGUAUGGAAGAAGACUGAAACUAGAGAUUGAGACCAGAAACUCAUUAGGAAACUGUUUACUGAGUUCAUAAAUCAAGUGAGAAGUAGGCUCAUUUUCCCAUAAGACUCAAUACUAACGAACUUCUUUUUUUCACCCUAUGGAGCUGCGCCCUGCUGGCUGCAGGUUUAAGAUGCAUUAUAUUGGUUUCACUUCACAGACCCCAAAGCUCUGUCCACUAUAUUUAGUCAAUGGUUAGAUGAUCCAACUUUGGGUGAAAAAGUGAAUAGAAUAAGCAUAUUUCCCAAAGUGCUCUCUUGAAGAGCCUCAUCUUGAAUGCCCAUAAUGUACUGUACAUGAACAGUGGCCUCUUUAGUAAAUAACUGAUAAGUGCUGUAAACUGGUAGACUUGUGUUCAGGCGGUCAGUAAACAGGUAGAGAACAUGACUGAUGGGAUAGAGUCUGAGACUGCUGCUUUAGAGCCUCUUCACAUGUUUAAAGCCCCAGCUAUUGAACAUAAUAAACAUGUCAAACCAGCAA